CUACAAGUGUUUCACCCAAUUGGAACACCGCCCGUCAGUAGCCAACCGCGACCCUAUCUGCCGCACUCUCCGCUAUGAGCGACUCCUUCGGUUUCAACGCGUACGACGACUUCCUGCAGACGCAGCCGGCGCAGUCGCAGUCGUCGCAGAGCUUCCCCCUCACGCAGGCGUCGCAGUCUCAAUACGCCUUCGUGGAUCCUUCAGAUGCUGGCACCAGUGCGGACUCGUUUUACGACCAAUACCAAGCGCCCGUUGGCAGUGGGACGUCGUUUUUCGACCAAUCAGCAACCGCUGAUGACGUAUCCAGCACCUUCCAGAGCCAACUGGACGAUGCCAGCCUCGCUGGCGACUUCCAGAGCCUCACAUUCGACGAGACAGCGGACGAGGACGCACUGGACUACACAGCAAGGGAGCUACCCAAACACGCUUGUGCCUACUGCGGUCUGCACGAUCCUGCGUCUGUGGUCAAGUGUGUAGCCACCGAGAAGUGGUUCUGCAACUCCAGAGGCAACACGAGCGGCUCGCACAUCAUCCAGCAUUUGGUGCGCAGCAAGAACAAGGAAGUCUCACUCCACCCAGAGUCCCCACUGGGCGAGACAGUGUUGGAAUGCUACAAUUGCGGCUGUCGCAAUGCGUUUCUAUUGGGUUUUAUCCCGGCCAAACAGGACUCGGUGGUCGUACUGCUGUGCAGAGAUCCGUGUCUGCAGAUGAACGCUCUGAAAGAUAUGAGCUGGGAUAUGUCCCAGUGGCUGCCAAUUAUCGACGACCGGAGCUUCUUGCCGUGGCUCGUUAAGGUCCCUUCAGAGCACGAACAGCUGCGCGCGAGACAGAUAACAUCCACUCAGAUCGCCAAGCUGGAAGAACUGUGGCGGGAUAAUCCGCUGGCAACUGUGGAAGAUCUGGACAGACCGGGGAUUGAUGAUGAACCGAUUAAAGUGCUGGAAGUCUAUGACGACGGAUACCAGUAUCAGAAUAUCUUUGGCCCAUUGGUCAAAAUGGAAUCUGAUUACGACAAGAAGAUGAAAGAGUCUCAGACUCAGGAAGGAGUGAUGGUCAGAUGGGAUACAGGUCUAAACAAGAAGCGCAAUGCUAUUUUUACCUGUUCCAGACCGGACUCAGAUCUGAGACUGGUUCCUGGAGAUGAGAUCCGUCUUCGCUUGGGACCCAGCGCCAGUAUGUUGUACGGUAAAGACUGGGAAGGCACAGGUCAUGUACUCAGAUUGGAGGAAUCAGAAGUUGCAUUGGAGAUGCGGAGCAACAAUGUGCCUAUCGAGAUCGCGGACGGAUAUUUGGUGGAUUUUGUGUGGAAAUCUACGUCGUUUGACCGCAUGCAGGCGGCUAUGAAGACUUUCGCAGUGGAUGACACGUCGCUGACGGGGUAUUUGUACCACAAGAUCUUGGGUCAUGACGUGGGAGUGCAGCCUUUGCGUAUUCCUCGCUCGGUAGGGACCCAUUUCUCAGCUCCUGGACUUCCGGAGCUGAAUACGUGGCAGAUGGAAGCAGUGAAAGGUGUGCUGGAACAGCCUCUGAGUUUGAUUCAAGGUCCUCCAGGCACCGGUAAGACUGUGACGUCGGCGUCUAUUGUCUUCCACAUGUCGAAGCAGAAUAUGGGUCAAGUAUUGGUCACUGCACCCAGUAACAUUGCCGUGGAUCACUUGACCAUGAAGAUCAGUGCUACGGGCCUUCGAGUCGUGCGUCUGGCUGCUAAGAGUCGAGAGGCGGUGGCGUCUUCGGUCGAACACUUGUCGCUCCAUGCGAUGAUCAAGUCUCUGGACUCUCCGGAUAAGGCUGACCUGCGCAAACUCAUGCAACUGAAGGACGAUAUCGGUGAGUUGUCGUCUCAAGACGAGAAGCGAUUCAAGUCUUUGAAACGUCAGGCGGAGCGGGAGAUUCUACAGGCUGCAGAUGUUAUUUGUACGACGUGUGUGGGUGCAGGAGACCCUCGUUUGUCCAACUUCCGAUUCCGUCAAGUGUUGAUCGAUGAAGCCACGCAAGCAACUGAACCGGAGUGUUUGAUCCCGAUUGUUCAAGGUGCAAAGCAUGUGGUGAUGGUGGGCGAUCACUGUCAAUUGGGACCGGUGGUUAUGAACAAGAAGGCUGCAAAUGCUGGCUUGAAGCAGUCACUAUUUGAUCGUCUGGUUCUGAUCGACAAGAAGCACCGGCCUUUCCGACUACGAGUGCAGUACCGUAUGCAUCCAUUCCUGUCUGAAUUCCCGUCCAACGAGUUCUAUGAAGGCGAUCUACAGAAUGGCGUGGCGGCGAGUGAACGUCAGUUGUCCAGUGUGGACUUCCCGUGGCCGAAUCCGAACAAACCAACGUUCUUCUACAUUUGUUUGGGCGCUGAAGAGAUCAGUUCAUCGGGUACCAGUUACUUGAACCGCACGGAGGCUAGUAAUGUGGAGAAGAUUGUCACAACGUUCCUAAAAGCAGGUGUGAUGCCCUCGCAGAUCGGAGUUAUCACGCCGUAUGAAGGUCAACGCGCGUACGUCGUCAGCUACAUGCAACGCAAUGGACCGUUGCGCUCCCAGCUCUAUAAAGACGUGGAAGUGGCGAGUGUGGACUCGUUCCAAGGUCGAGAAAAGGAUCUGAUCAUUCUCUCCUGUGUGCGGUCCAAUGAGAACCAGGGCAUCGGCUUCUUAAGUGACAAACGGCGGUUAAAUGUGGCGCUCACACGUGCCAAAUAUGGCGUGAUCUUGCUGGGAAACCCUCGUGUUUUGGCCAAGCAAGAGCUCUGGAACAAGCUGCUGAACCAUUACCGUGAUAACCACUUGAUUGUGGAAGGACCUUUGAAUAAUUUGACGCCCUCCCACAUGCAGUUUCCUCUCCAGAAGCACACGCGUGGCCCUCGUCGUGAAGGAAAUGGAUUUAAUCGACGUGGACCAGCUCCUCCGUUGGACUCGCGCUUUGAUCCUCGCUAUGAGCAGACGGGAGUUCCUCCUAUUGACCCGCUUUCAACUGGUCUUCCUCCGCCUGCACCGCAGCGUGGCACUCGUCGUGGACCUAGCAGUUAUGUGCCUGGAAGCAUGGGACCGCUGACUCAAGACGGGAUGACGCAGUCAUCGAUGGGGAUGGAUGGCCCGUUCACGCAGAUGGCACAGACGCAGUCGUUCAGUCAAAUGUCGAGUGACAAGUUUGCGAUGUCCCAGGACAGCUUUGGCUAUGAACACGACUUUAAGUCGCAGAACAUUCCAAUGUCGCAAGAUACUCGCAAUCCCGGCAGUGACUUUUACUAAGGGAAUUGAUGCAAGGCAAUGAUACAGAUCGGUUGGUGUGGAUUUCGAGACGUCUGUGCGGAAGCGAAGAGCGAGAUGACGUCGUUACGAGUUGUUGCUAUCACCGGCCAUAUUGAGACAGCGUGAGCUAGUGCGCGGACAACUAUUGGGCAUGAUGGCUACUGUUGACGGAUGGACAGCUAUUGAGUCCACGGUGUCUCGGUCGACGAAGGAAAAGGCUUCUUUGGAGAGUUCAGUCAUUAUUUGAGCUUGAGCAGGUUCAAGUAUCAAUAGAGACCCUGCACCAAAGAGAGCAACACACGUGAAACUGAAUCCUUAAGUGACAACGAAGCGAAACAGAGGAGAUAGAUAAGCUUGGAACUCGAUGAUUCACCUCGGGAUCGAUGAGGAUGUUAGCUAGUUGCAGUCUUUGAUUGAAUAAUCGCUUUCGAGAUCAUUUUUACCAUAGCUGUUACUUGUCUUUAUUUGGGGAAGGGAUGUGUGU